GGGACGAGAUUUUAUUUGAGUUUUGUUCAUAACAAUGGAAAAGUGAUCUCAUCAGCAGCCCGAAUCAGGGUUUAUGAUCUGCCAUUUUUCUUGCUGUUUCUUCAUCAAUUUUUCUUCUGAAAAUAAGAAAGAACAAAUUAUAAGUACUUGCACCAUAUCAGAAUGAAAUUUCCUGAUCAUCCACUACCGAAUCCGCCGUUUAUGGGCCGUACAGGUGGAGAUGGCGGAGGCUUUUUUCCUCCACCUCCAAUUAACCAUCCGCGGCCGGAGUCAUCAAUUUCUUCAUAUGAGCAUCCUCCUCCAUUCAAGAGACUCAAGAUGUCUUCAGAUAACAUACCAAAUUCUGUACCUCUCCUAAAUCCAAAGGUGAACCCACCAAUUCAUCCGGGAAGUAAAGGAAUAACCAAUAUAUUCUAUAAGACGCGAAUGUGCUUGAAAUUCUUGGAAGGCAACUGUUUGAAUGGGGAGCAUUGUACAUUUGCCCAUGGUGUUGAAGAUGUACGAAAACCCCCUCCCAAUUGGAAGGAACUUGUUCAGAAAAAAGAUAAACGGGUGGGAAGCUGGAGCGAUGAGCAGAGAAUGGUACAUGGAAUGAAAAAUUGCAGGAAGUUUUACAAUGGAGAAGACUGUCCAUAUGGAGAGAACUGCAACUUCCUUCAUGAAUAUCCAACUGUAGAGACUCAUAUUUCGAGGCAGAGGAAGAGUUCUGCAAUAAGCAUCGGAGCCACAGGGUCGAUUAAUGUGAACACAAGUGUAUCUCAUCAACCCGAGUCUCAGAAACAUGUUGACUCCGUCGUGGAUGCUUCCCGAUCAAACACUGUGUAUUGGAAGACCAUAAUAUGCAAUAAAUGGGCGAGAGGUCAAUGCCCAUUUGGAGAAAGAUGUUGUUACGCUCAUGGACAUUCAGAGUUGCAAUGGCCUGCUGCUCAUGCGGAGCCAGAACCAACACUGAAUUCUCAUCAGAUUCCAGCAAAGCCUCUAUCUACUCCUGCAAUUGAUUCAUCUCCUGCAACUAAGUUGAUUAAUUUCCCUAAAGAAAAGAACGAAUCAGAUGAGAAUAACUCAAAAAAGUGGAAGUUAAACAGGAGGGUCAAUGGAAUUUAUGGAGAUUGGUUGGAUGAUCUAUCACCUCCUCGCUGCUAGUAGCCAAGAAGAGAUAGGAGCUUUGACAUCAUGAUUGUGAAUUAAUAAUAUCCCGAACCCGGUAAAGGUGGAAGUUUAUGGUCUUUCAAGCGUUCAUCUCAACUUUUUUUCCCCUUUCUACUUAAUUUUGUAUUAUUUGUGACAUAAAA